UGUACAUAUAAUGGAAUGGGUUGCCUUCCUCUUGUGCUGAUGUUCGAUAUGAAGGAAGAAAUUGAUGUAGAACCACACUUUAUAACUCAGCUAAUGGAACAGCUGGAUGUCUUCAUUAGCAUUAAACCAAAGCCAAAGCAACCCAGCAAGUCUGUAAUUGUAAAAAGUGUCGAGCGAAAUGCCUUAAACAUGUACGAGGCACGGAAAUGUCUCCUGGGCCUUGAAAGUAGUGGAGUUGCCAUAGCAACGAGCCCGUCCACAGUCUCCUGUCCUGUUGGCCUCUCAUGUCCUGGCUUGGAUAUCGUAUCCUCAGCUGGGCUCGGACUCACUGGACUCGGUCUCCUGGGUCCAACUGCCUUGUCUGUCAACACAUCCACUACUCCAAAUUCUCUCCUAAAUGCCCUUAACAGUUCUGUUAGUCCUUUGCAAAGCCCCAGUUCAGGCACGCCCAGCCCAACAUUAUGGGCUUCUUCCAUUGCCAAUACAAGUGCCACAGGGUUCUCUGCUAUUCCCCAUCUGAUGAUACCGUCUACGGCUCAGGCCACAUUAACUAGUAUACUUUUGUCAGGAGUGCCAAACUAUAGCCAGAACACUCCAUCUCCCCCUCCCGGCUUAACCCCUGUCGAUAUCCACGUCAACGGCAUUCAAACGGAGAGCAAGAAAAGCCAAACUUCUUUGAAUGGCCACGUAAAGACCUCAGCUAUUAAGUAUUCGGCUCUGUCUGCUGCAUCACUUGGUGAAAACGUAUUAAGUUCAAACCACAAUGAUCCAUCUCGGCAGUCGAGUAGCCAUAAUGCCUCCGAACAAGUGACCACCAAGGCGAACUCCGGAGAAGGUUGCAAUGACGCUUUUGUGGAAGUGGGCAUGCCAAGGAGCCCGUCGCAUUCCGCAAGUUCCAGUGAUCUGAAGCAAAUGAUCAGUUCCUCCAAGCCGCCCUGUGCCAAGAGGCAGACGGUCGAAUUGCUGCAAGGCACCAAAAACUCGCACUUACACACUGCAGAGAGGUUGCUGUCAGAUUCCGAGCUGAGUGCUUCGGAGGGCCCUGUGGCAGAUAAAAAAGCCCCUGGAAGCGAGCGAGCGGCUGAGAGGGCUGCAGCCGCCCAGCAGAAUUCCGAAAGGGCACGUCUCGCUCCACGGACGUCGUAUGUGAACAUGCAGGCAUUUGACUAUGAACAGAAGAAGCUAUUGGCAACCAAAGCUAUGUUGAAGAAGCCCGUUGUCACAGAGGUGAGGACGCCCACCAACACUUGGAGUGGCCUGGGCUUCUCCAAAUCGAUGCCAGCUGAAACAAUUAAGGAACUAAGACGAGCUAACCACGUGUCAUACAAGCCAUCUAUGACGAUAACUUAUGAGGGCUCAUCAAUGUCCCUCUCGCGGUCCAAUAGCCGGGAGCACCUGGGAAGCAGUAACGACUCUGGCAACUGGAGGGAUCAUAAUGGCAUUGGCCCUGUGGCUCCCAACAAUUUUGUCUCAUCCAUUGGCAGCCCGAAACGGAAACAAAACAAAUCAACUGAACAUUAUCUCAGCAGCAGCAAUUACAUGGACUGCAUCUCUUCGCUGACCGGAAGCAACGGCUGUAACUUGAACAGUCUAUUUAAAGGAUCAGACCUGCCUGAGCUUUUUAGCAAACUGGGCUUGGGCAAAUACACAGACAUAUUCCAGCAACAAGAGAUUGAUCUUCAGACGUUCCUAACUCUCACAGAUCAGGAUCUGAAAGAGCUUGGGAUUACUACUUUUGGAGCACGAAGGAAAAUGCUGCUUGCAAUCUCAGAACUGAACAAAAACCGGAGAAAACUGUUUGAGCCUUCCAGCAUCCGUGCCUCGUUCCUGGAAGGCGGCGCCAGCGGACGGCUGCCCCGUCAGUAUCACUCGGACAUUGCUAGUGUGAGCGGCCGCUGGUAGCAGGAAAGGGAAGCUCUUGCCGUUGACUGCGCAACCUGACAUGGCGAUCCUGUGGACAGCCAUCACCGCACACACCUUCUGCACUUUGGGAGUCUAGGUACCGAGGACCAAAGCCUUUCGUUGUCUGCACAAAUCCUUGUGCCAAAAAAAUAGAGAGAGAGCAAUCACUUGUUUUCUCUUUCCAAGCACCAAAAUGUGGAUUGUUUUACUCAUGUAGAUCGGACAGAAUUUGCAAUAUAAUAUAGGGUUCCUUAGUAUUUUAUUACUUAUAAUAACCUUAUUGUAUGCACUGAAAUUUUUUUUUUUACUUCUUUGAACGAAGAGUGAAGGGCUGGGAUACCAGAGGGGCAUAGCAUGCGGUUUUUUUUAGCAAGAAGGUAUUUCUGGUACUGCUUAAUAAUUAAUUAAUUGAGGUCUUUCUGCACUUUAUGUCUUCUGAUUUCUUGUCCUGUGGAAAUUUGGUUUCCCUCUAAUUUCCAUGGAGAGGGGGGAAAAAAACAAUUAUUGUCUGGCACUAAUCGACGUUUGUCACGUGUGUUCCCACAUCAGAUGGAAAAAUCUUUACCCAUAAACGGUACAGGCAAAAUCAAAUUUUGAUUAUUUCUUCAUUUCUCCCCCACUCCUUAAGUGUAAAGAAGUCUUCCAUAAUCAGAUGCCUUGGUACUUGGAGCCUACCCUGUUUUCUCACUUUUGGGAAAGCAGAUUUUUGCAGCUGAGCAAGCGCACUGCAAAAAGACGCAACGAAAGACCAAAAUGGACCUUAUUGCCAUCCAUUUAACCCUAUUUAACUGCUGCCAGUAAUGCUAAAACUGAUUUUAAUGGUUGUCUCAACGCAAAGGACUAUUUUUAGUAUAUACUGCCACUAAAUGACACUUUAUUUAUAGCAAACGUCUUAUUUUUUAGAAUCUGUACACGUAGCAUGCAUCGGAGAUUCAGUCAACUAAAAAGUUGAUCCUAGAGAACGGGGAGGGGAUUUUCAUCAAACCAGAGCUCUGAGCCAUCACUGUGCUUAAACAGAGCAUUUAUUUCAAGGGACAAGACAGACCUGUUGCAUUUAGGUGGAGAAGGAUAUUGCUUGCAUGGCUCUUCCUCGGGCGAUAGAAGAACACAUUCCCAACAGCUGCCAGACAUCCAGUUGUAUUAGUCAAUUCAAAGACAUUAUUGUCAGCUAUGGGAGUUUUGAAAUGAGCAGCUUCCAAAACCCUGUGUUGACUAUCCCUGGAAAGAGUCCAUGUUACGCAUGGCUAGAAUUAACCAUUGUGUUCUAUACUGUGAAAGGUCAAGAAAUCUGGUUUAUGCUAUUUCUGUCAUUUUUUGCAAGACGACCAGGUACAGAUUUAUAAAGUGAAAGGGAUAGUGUGGAGUGCCUCUCUGCGAUGCAAUAUUGUCCAAACAUGAAUUUAUGAAAGGAAAACGUUCCCAUAGCAAGUAUUGUGAAUUAACUUGUACUGUAAUGUCUUAUUUAUGUACAAUGUACAGACCCUUUAAAGUGGAUGUAAACCACUCACAACUGAAGGCAUUAGACUUAAAUUGGUUUAUCAUAGUGUUUUUUUAAAAAAAAAAUGCAACACCUGGUGGGGAGAGAUAGCUGUGACACGUUCUUCAGAUAAUUCUUUUCUAGGGUGAGGAAAAACAUACACACAAAAGGGAUUUUUUUUUUAAAGCGAGAGCAUAGAUGCAGUAGUAAUCUGUUAUCCAAUUUUGCCAGUGGCCGUACAACAGAGCAGUUUGUUUCUGCUUCUGAAACAACUGUCCAUUGCCUUCCACAGGCCAAGUGAGCGCUUGCAGGGCCGCAGAGAGACUUCGGGGGUAUGUGUGAACUCAUUCGUUCAAACUGGUAACCCAAACUCCCGUUUUGUAACGUAGCAGGUACUUCUGCAUUUGCAGUUAACGUAGAGAUCCUGAUACUAAAAACACUAAAUUUUUAAUCACGAGUACUCACUUCGGUAUGAGUCUGUUCCUGUGUUGUAAAGUUAAGCACUUGUGUUAACAGAUCAGAAUCUCUGCUUGCCCGUGUAAGUUAUUGUUAACCAAAAUGAAACUUGGGUUUCGGAUGGGGCGGUUACUUAUAAGAGCACCAAUAGUCUCUUCUAGACUUAUAUUGCCCCACUUCCCAAGUAAACAUUCUUUUCCUCCUAAGAACUGUGGAUAUUGCAUUUUUCAUUGUUUUUUCUAUUUAAAAUGUCAUGUGUUACGACAGUAUUAUUCCAGAAACUGCAAUUAAACUACUGUGAUCUAUGCUGAAGUGAAGAAUUUUCCAGGUAUAAGAAUAAAGAUAGAACUGCACAUUCUCUCACACAAUCUCACACACCACACUGGAAAAUUUCAUUUUUUUUCUCACUCCUUUUGAUUCCACAAAAGGGAAUAUGGCAGUGCAGUAUUCUGUAUUGUCAAUCUGGUAUUAAUGCACAAAAUUGUUGAAACAUUAGUUUUAAAUUUGUGCCUUUAUAGUGACCAGUUAUCUGUAAAUAUAGAGCAGAUACAGAUUGUAUUUGGGGAGAAAAGGGGUCCUUUUUUAAUGAUUCUUUUUUUAAAAAAUAAAUAAAUGAAAGAUGGAAUAAAGCAUUUACAAAUGGGAAUUUCUGAAACUAAUCAAAUGUUACAUGAAAGAAUAAAUUUAUAUAACCCCCUUGGUACACUGCUUA